AUGAAGAAGUUGGUGCAGAAGGUGAUGCCCAACGACAGCUUCUACUUCUCCAUCGUGCGGGACCCCGGCACGCUGGGCGAGUCGGCCUUUGCCUACUACCGGGCAGUAGCCCCCGCUUUCCGCCGAGCCCCUUCGCUGGCCGCCUUCCUGGCCUCCCCGGGUCGUUUCUACGAGCCGGGGGCACGGGGCAACCAUUACGCCCGUAAUUUACAGUGGUUUGACUUUGGGCUGCCGGCGGUGGGGGCAGCGGGGACCAGGGGGGAGGAGGUGGCGGCGGCCCUGGCCGGGUUGGAGCGGGGUUUCACCCUGGUGCUUUUGGCCGAGCACUUUGACGAGUCGCUGGUGCUGCUGCGGGAGGCCUUGUGUUGGCCUGAAGAAGCCGUGGCCGCUUUCGCCCACAACGGCCGCCCACCGGCCCCCGCUGGCCCCCGCGUCUCCCCGGCCCAGGCCGCUCGCCUGAGGGCUUGGAACAGCCUGGACUGGGCCCUCUACACCCACCUCAACCGCUCCUUCUGGCGCCGAGCCGAGGCCUUCGGGGCCACCCGCCUGAGGCAGGAGGUUGCCCGCCUGCGCCAGCGCCGACAGGCCUUGGCUCGGAGCUGCCUGAGGGGUGGGGGGCCCCUGCCCGCCCCCGCCAUCGCCGACGGCCGCCUUCGCCCCUUCCAGCCCCCCGGCCGGGCCCAGAUCUUGGGGUACGCCCUGAGGGCCGGGUUGCCCCCAGCCCAGCGGGAGCUCUGUGUCCGCCUGGCCACCCCCGAGCUGCAGUACAAGGACAUCCUCGACCGGCGGCAGUUCGGGGGGGAGUGA